CCUCCUCCUUCUCCUCGCUCUCUCUCUAGAGUGAGACUCAGAAAUGGCGACCGCAUCAGCCUCUCUCCUCCGCCUCUCUCUCCUCCGCCCGCCGACCCCAAAAACCCAGUCAAAGCCCCGCCUCCUCCCGCCCUCCUCCCUCAUCCCCUCCCUCCCUCCUUCCCUCAACCUCAAGUCCCGCCCCCGCCGCCCCGGACCCGCUGCCGUCGCCGUCCGCAUGUCCUACAACCCCACUCCGGCCACCGACCGCCUCAUCUCCGCCGCGGCCUACACCCUCCCCUUCUUCAACUCCCUCCAGUACGGCCGCUUCCUCUUCCUCAAGUACCCUUCCCUUUCCCUCCUCUUCGACCCCAUCCUCCCCCUCCUCUCGCUCUACAAGUCCGUCCCCUACGCCUCCUUCGUCGCCUUCUUCGCCCUCUACCUCGGCGUCGUCCGCAACCCCUCCUUCAGCCACUACAUACGCUUCAACGCCAUGCAGGCCGUCACCCUCGACGUCCUCCUCGUCCUCCCACUCCUCCUCCAGCGGAUCUUCAGCCCGGGCCGGGCCGGCCCCGGGUUCCGGGUCAUGGUCUGGGGCCACAACGUGGUGUUCGUGUUCAGCGCCCUCUGUUUCCUCUACAGCCUCGCUUCGUGCAUUCUGGGCCGGACCCCUUACUUGCCCUUCGUCGCCGACGCCGCCGGGAGGCAACUCUAGUAGAACGGACAAGUGCUAUGAUGGAAGUUUCUGCUGACAACCAAAAAGGAGAGAGGACUAUAGCGCCCUGUCAAGAAGUUUGAAGAGCUUAGUGUUAGUUGUUUGUUGGUUCUACUUGAGUUAAUCUUCUACACGCUUAUUGAUCUUGAGAAGCUUCAAUUAGAAUGACCCUGACAUAUUGUUAGCAACUGAAUUUUACGUGGUUGUU